AUGCUUCUUUAACUCCUCUAAUUUAAAAAUAAGUAUCUCCUUAUAAGAGCUUUGACAAAUAAAAUUCAUGAACUUGAAUAUAAUUAAAAAUCUAACUAAGAGUACGUCUAUGGGAAUAAUGAAGAGUUAUCAGUUGCUGGAUAAUAAUUUUUAGAAUUUUAUUUUUAUGAUUACAUGCUACUUUAAGGGUAAUAUUUGUUUUUAUAAGCAUUAGAUACCCUAAUCCGCUUUCUUGUUUUAAAAAGCCUAACGACAUAAUUCAAUUAAGGUAGAGAUUGAUUAAUGAUUAAAACUUAGCAGAUAUUGGGUUAUAAUUGGAUCUUCCUAAAUUUCUGAAAGUUGGAAACUAAAUUCAUCUCAAGUAUAUUUAAAUGUGUAAAACAUUAAGGAACAAUUAAAAAGUAUUGGCAGAUACUAUUAAAUCUUUGAUCGUUGCAUAGUAUUAUGAUAAAUAUUAGGAUUUAGAGUAUUUAAGAGACUUAUUACAUCCAGUGAUGGAUUUUUUAUUAAAUAAGUAGCCUAUUGUAAACUAUCUUACAUAGGAUUUAGUAAGAAUAAAUUCAACAUAUAAAAUACAACCCUAAGUCAAAUUUUUCAGAGUAUUUAACUUCGAUCAAAGAAGAAAUAGAAGUUAUACCUAAAUUAACAGUUGAAUUGAAAAAAAAUCAAGAAUUUAAUUCUUAAUCAUUGUUUUUAAUUUCUUUAGAAUUAGAAAUUAAAGACAAAAUGUUAUUUGAAGAUCAAAAACUGAAAAUUUAAAAGCAGGGUAUGAGUAAGAGAAUUACUGAAUAGUAAGUUUAUUUUGAAGCUUUGCAAGAAUUAAAAAAUUGGGAAUUAGCCUAGAAAAAUAAGUAUUCAUAUUAAAAUUAAGAGCAAUAAUCUUAAAAUUAAACAAAUAAUAUGUCUACUUCUGUAAAUUCAUAAUUUUUGAAUAAUACAGAUAUACCUAUCUAUGAGUUUUCAGAAUAAUUUGAUAAUGAUGAAAAAUAGAAAGAAUUUUAUGAUUCAUUAUCAUAAAUUUUAAAUUAAAUUUCAGAGAAAGAUUAAUUUUGA